UCCUUUCCUUUCCCUUCCCUUCCCAUCAUAAUAACCCCGCGUUGUUUUCUCUUGGUUUUUUUCUGUUGUUGUUGGGGUUUUUCUCUUUCGGUGGGUAGACUUCGCAACCAACCCCAGCAGCUGCUGCUUCUGCUGCCCUUCUCCCUUGCAGCCCACGAGCGAUACCGCGCGAGUCCAAGAAGAAGAAGCAAGAAGCAAGAGGCAAGAGGCAAGAAGAAACGCCGCCUCCCGAAUCCCUUUUAUCGUCGGUAGCUCCUCCCGCGAUCUCCGCCCGAUCUCGCCGCGAUCGCCCCUCCGAUAGCCGGGGAUUCCGACCCCCGGCGGAUGAUCCAUGGCAAGCCCAGAAAACAUUAUUGUAGGUUCUCAUGUGUGGGUUGAAGAUCCAGUUGUGGCUUGGACUGAUGGAGAGGUUUUUCAGAUUGGUGGUCAUCAGGUCCAUGUGCGCACAACUAAUGGGAAAACGGUUGUGGCAAAUCUGUCAAAGGUGUUUCCCAAAGAUACAGAAGCCCCACCUGCAGGAGUAGAUGACAUGACAAAAUUAUCGUAUUUGCAUGAACCUGGGGUUUUGCAGAACCUGGCCACACGUUAUGAACUUAAUGAAAUAUAUACGUACACUGGUAAUAUCCUGAUUGCAGUAAACCCAUUUCAAAGAUUGCCACAUCUUUAUGAUACCCAUAUGAUGGAACAAUAUAAGGGAGCAACAUUUGGGGAGCUAAGCCCACAUGUUUUCGCAGUUGCUGAUGUUGCUUACAGGGCAAUGAUCAAUGAAGCAAAAAGCAACUCCAUCUUGGUCAGUGGAGAAAGUGGUGCUGGUAAAACUGAGACAACAAAGAUGCUUAUGAGAUAUCUGGCAUACUUAGGUGGACGAUCUGGAAUUGAAGGACGGACUGUUGAACAGCAAGUUCUGGAAUCUAAUCCAGUUCUUGAAGCUUUUGGGAAUGCCAAAACUGUUCGGAAUAACAACUCAAGUCGGUUUGGUAAGUUUGUUGAGAUUCAAUUUGAUAAGAGUGGGAGGAUUUCUGGUGCUGCUAUUAGAACCUACUUGCUUGAAAGAUCUCGUGUCUGCCAAAUUAAUGAUCCUGAGAGAAACUAUCAUUGCUUUUACCUUCUAUGUGCUGCUCCUAAUAAGGAUAUAGAGCGGUAUAAGUUGGGGAAUCCUAAAUCAUUCCACUAUUUAAACCAAUCCAAUUGCUUUAAAUUGGAUGGAGUUGAUGAUGCCGAAGAAUAUAUAGCAACUAGAAGGGCCAUGGAUAUAGUUGGAAUAAGUGUGCAAGAACAGGAAGCGAUCUUCAGGGUUGUAGCUGCUAUCCUUCAUCUUGGGAACAUUGAUUUUGCCAAGGGACCAGAGAUAGAUUCAUCUGUUAUCAAGGAUGAUAAGUCAAGAUUUCAUCUAAACAUGACAGCUGAACUUCUGAUGUGUGAUGCCCAGAGUCUGGAAAAUGCGCUGAUCAAGCGUGUCAUGGUAACACCUGAAGAAGUUAUCACAAGAACUCUUGAUCCUGCUUCUGCCAUUGUUAGCAGAGAUGGUUUUGCAAAAACCAUCUAUUCCCGCUUAUUUGAUUGGCUGGUGGAUAAAAUUAAUGUGUCAAUUGGUCAGGAUCCAAAUUCAAAGCAUUUGAUUGGGGUCCUUGAUAUUUAUGGUUUUGAAAGUUUCAAAUGUAAUAGUUUUGAACAGUUCUGUAUCAAUUUUACGAAUGAAAAGCUGCAACAACAUUUCAACCAGCAUGUCUUCAAAAUGGAGCAAGAGGAGUAUACCAAAGAGGAGAUCAACUGGAGCUACAUUGAGUUUGUUGAUAACCAAGAUAUGCUUGACUUGAUUGAGAAGAAACCCGGUGGUAUCAUUGCUCUUCUUGAUGAAGCUUGUAUGUUCCCUAAGUCAACACAUGAAACAUUUGCUCAAAAGUUGUAUCAGACGUUUAAGAACAACAAGCGGUUUGUCAAACCAAAGCUUUCUCGUACAGAUUUUACAAUUUGCCAUUAUGCUGGCGAGGUGACAUAUCAAGCCAAUCACUUCUUGGACAAAAACAAAGAUUAUGUGGUGGCAGAACAUCAGGAGUUACUCAGUGCUUCUAAAUGCUCCUUUGUGGCCAGUUUAUUUCCUCCACUUCCUGUAGAAACAGCAAAGGCAUCCAAGUUCUCUUCCAUUGGGUCACGCUUUAAGCUACAACUUCAAGCUCUGAUGGAGACCUUGAGCUCUACACAACCACAUUACAUUAGAUGUGUGAAGCCAAAUAAUGUCCUUAAACCUGCUAUCUUUGAGAACUCCAAUGUCAUCCAACAAUUACGCUGUGGAGGUGUUCUUGAAGCAAUCAGGAUAAGUUGUGCUGGAUAUCCAACUCGGAGAACAUUUUAUGAAUUUCUCCUCCGGUUUGGUCUGCUUGCACCAGAAUUUUUGGAAGGAAACUAUGAUGAUAAGAUUGCCUGUCAAAAGAUUCUGGAUAAAAUGGGAUUGAAAGGUUACCAACUAGGAAAGACUAAGGUGUUUCUGAGAGCUGGCCAGAUGGCUGAACUGGAUGCUCGAAGAGCAGAGAUACUAGGACGAGCAGCCAGAACCAUCCAGAGACAAAUUCGUACAUAUAUUGCUCGCAAAGAAUUUCGUGUGCUACGACAAGCAUCUAUUCGAUUGCAAGCUCUCUGGAGAGGAAGGUUGGCUUGUAAGUUGUUUGAGCACAUGAGAUGGGAGGCAGCAGCAGUCAAAAUUCAAAAAAAUUUGCAUUGUUACUUUGCAAGAAAGUCAUAUGCCACGCUUCAAUGUGCUGCAAUUACAUUGCAGACAGGCUUAAGGGCAAUGACUGCUUGUAAUGAAUUUCGAUUCAAGAAACAAACUAAAGCAGCAGUUUGCAUCCAGGCUCAGUGGCGUUGUCAUAGAGACUAUUCAUAUUACAAGAAGUUGCAGAUGGCAACCAUUGCUUAUCAAUGUGCCUGGAGACAAAGGCUGGCAAGAAGAGUACUCAGAAAGAUGAAAAUGGCUGCAAGGGAGACAGGGGCUUUGAAAGAGGCAAAAGACAAGCUUGAGAAGCGGGUGGAGGAACUAACUUGGCGUUUGCAGCUGGAGAAACGUUUAAGAACUGAUCUGGAAGAGACAAAAGCUCAAGAAAUUUCUAAACUACAAGAUAUAUUGCAUGAGAUGCAGCUACAGGUAGAAGAAGCGAGGUCAACACUGAUUAGGGAACGUGAAGCUGCACGAAAAGCUAUUGAAGAAGCACCUCCAGUGAUAAAGGAAACCCCUGUCUUUGUUCAGGACACAGAAAAAAUUGAUUCGUUGACAGCUGAAGUCGAAAAUUUGAAGGCUUUGUUGCUAACAGAAAAGAAGGCAACUGAUGCAGCCAAUAAAGCAAAUGCUGAAGCACAAGAAAGAAAUAACAAACUAGUUAAGAAGGUUGAAGAUUCUGAGACAAAAAUUGAUCAGCUUCAAGAUAGUAUUCAGAGGCUUGAAGAGAAAGUAUCAAAUCUGGAAUCAGAGAACCAAGUACUUCGUCAACAGGCAGUUGCCAUCUCACCGACAAGCAGAGCAUUAGAAAUGCGUUCAAAAACAACUAUCAUCCCGAGAACACCAGAGAAUGGAAAUGUUCUAAAUGGAGAGACUAAACUUGCAUUGGACUUGAGUCCUGCCUUACAAAAUCCCAAGGAUCUUGAAGUCGAGGAAAAACCACAGAAGUCACUCAAUGAGAAGCAGCAGGAAUACCAGGACUUGCUUAUUAAAUGCGUCUCUGAAGAGUUAGGAUUCUCUAAGGGUAGACCUGUUGCUGCUUGCCUCGUAUAUAAAUGCCUCCUUCAAUGGAGAUCUUUUGAAGUUGAAAGGACUAGUAUCUUUGACCGCAUCAUUCAAUCCAUAGGCUCAGCCAUUGAGUCUCAGGAUAACACUGAUGUAUUAUCCUACUGGUUGUCCAACACAUCCACACUGUUGUUGCUCCUCCAACGAACACUAAAGGCAAGCGGGGCAGGCAGUUUUACUCCACAGAGGCGAAGAACAUCAGCUUCUUUAUUUGGGAGGAUGCCUCAAGGGAUUCGCGCUUCACCGCAGAGUGCUGGGCUUCCUUUUUUCAAUAAUCGCUUGGUUGGUGGAUUAAGUGACUUGCGGCAAGUUGAAGCUAAAUAUCCAGCUUUGCUUUUCAAGCAACAACUUACUGCAUUCCUUGAGAAAAUUUAUGGAAUGAUAAGAGACAAUUUAAAGAAAGAGAUAUCUCCACUUCUUGGUUUGUGCAUCCAGGCCCCAAGAACAUCCCGUGCAAGCUUAGUAAAAGGAACACGUUCUCAAGCAAAUGCCAUGGCCCAACAAGCUCUGAUUGCACACUGGCAAAGCAUUGUGAAAAUCUUAACCAGCUACUUAAAAACACUGAAGGCUAAUUAUGUGCCAUCUUUCCUAGUUCGCAAGGUGUUCACCCAAACAUUUUCAUUUAUCAAUGUUCAACUAUUUAACAGCCUUCUUCUGAGGCGCGAGUGCUGUUCAUUUAGCAAUGGAGAAUAUGUCAAAGCAGGACUGGCUGAAUUAGAACGUUGGUGUUAUGGUGCAACCGAAGAGUAUGCAGGUUCUGCCUGGGAUGAGUUGAAGCAUAUCAGGCAGGCUGUUGGGUUCCUAGUUUUACAUCAGAAGCCAAAGAAGACGUUGAAGGAGAUAACUCAUGACCUAUGCCCAGUUCUUAGCAUACAGCAAUUAUACAGGAUCAGUACGAUGUACUGGGACGACAAAUAUGGUACACACAGUGUUUCAUCAGAGGUUAUUUUGAGUAUGAGAGUGAUGAUGACCGAGGACUCGAACAGUGCUGCCGGUAGUUCAUUCUUGUUGGAUGAUGAUUCCAGCAUCCCGUUUACGGUGGAUGACAUCUCCAAGUCAAUGACAGAGAUAGAUAUAGCAGAUGUUGAUCCGCCUGCUUUGAUUCGUCAGAACUCAGGCUUUGCAUUUUUGGCACAGAGAAAGGAGUAGUCCUCCUCCAAUGCUGCAGCUAAUUUGAGGUACCUGUGCAUAAAGUUCAGCCUCUUCAUAGUCAAUGUGAAUAUGAAAUCAUUGGAGGCCCAUCAGAUCAGCUGGUGAAACAGGGUGGUAGGCAGAAAGUAAUAUUUGGCUAUGAUUUGUUGUUUUUUUAAUUAUUUUAUGUACAUGUGUGAGGUGUAGUUUUGAAGAUAAACCCUUUUACUGCA